AUGUCAAAUACUCAAUUCAAAAUCAAUUUCUUGAAAGAAUUAAAUUCGAAGCUUUUGGUUGAGAUUUCUGAGCUUAGAAAAAAGUACUCUGAGAUCAAGGCUGAGAACGUGAAAUUAAAGCAGGCUUUCUAUAUUAGAACAGAGAAAAAAGAAAAAAGUAUUUUUAUGGAACAAUAUCCAAUAAAUUCUAAUGAUACUCUGGCAUCUAAUAUAUCUGAUAAUACUUCAAAUUCUAGUAUUACUUCUGAUCCCAUGCCUGAACUAGUACAAUCUUCAACAGAGCCUGAAUCUUCUGCAAUCUAUUUAUCACAAGAUGUUACUGAUGAUGAUUUGACCGAGACUCUAUAUAAGGAACAGGUUAGUAACAAAAUAAUGGAGAGAAUUAGAGAAAAGAAGCUUCAAGAUCAGAAAGUGUCUUCUGGAAAACAAAACACUUCUUCAGGAGAAUUAGAAGAGUUGAUGAUACCUCCAUUAUCAUGUGAUAUGAAAACUGUAAACACUAUUCAUGAUCAAGAAAAGACUUCACCAAAAGAAUUCAUACAAAAUAUAUCUUAA